AUGCUACACCUGCCCGAAGCUCAGUCCUCAUGGGUUGGCUCGCUGCAAGUCUCCCUCUGCUUCGCUUUGUGCACCAUCUCUGAGCGUCUAUCUGAUGCCGAGUAUGACCGUCACACCCUCUUCGUUGGAUCACUGCUUGCCGUUCUCGGCAGCUUCAUGACGAGCCUCGCAGAGCCUGUGCGCCGGCUUAGGUCUCGGCUUGAUGUUCACGCCUUUGGUGACUGUCCUAAGCUCCUACUUCAGAAGAAAGAGGUCGUUGCCCUGGGCAAUAGAUUAAGGGCUAUGCACGAAUCGCCAUCGGUUUUGACCCCAUCACAUACAUCAAUCUUCUACUAA